UAAGCGGAGGGGGGUGAGGGUUCACGGAGGCCGGAGCCGGCGUCUGUCUCUGGUAGCUGGCAGAACUGAGGCGGCGGGGAACCGGACGCGCUUCCACUUCAGGCUGCCCCCUUCAUGGCGGCCCGCCGGCUCCGGGAAGUCUGGCGACUGGGAGCGCGGGGAGGGCUGAGGCCGCGAGCGCCCCCGACCGGCUGUUCCAGGUACCUGCCGUCCUGUGGGAUUCUGAUGAUCCGUGCCCCCCAAGCUGUCAGCAGUGCCGAUUGGGAUCUUAAUGCUCAGCACAGCCGGACAUUUAUCAACUUUUCAGGGCCUUUCACCAACAAACGGAAGGAAUAUUCGGAAAGGAGGAUCCUUGGUUACUCCAUGCAGGAGAUCUAUGAAGUUGUGUCCAAUGUGGAUGAAUAUAAGGAAUUUGUUCCCUGGUGCAAGAAAUCAGUUGUGGUCUCUAAGAGGACAGGCCACGUGAAGGCCCAGCUGGAAGUCGGGUUUCCUCCUGUUGUGGAACGUUACACAUCCAUUGUAACACUGGUGCGGCCCCAUCUAGUAAAGGCGGUCUGCACUGAUGGGAAACUCUUCAACCACCUGGAGACCAGCUGGCGUUUCAGCCCUGGCAUUCCUGGCUACCCCCGCACUUGUACAGUGGACUUCUCGAUUUCCUUCGAGUUCCGCUCCCUGCUGCACUCGCAGCUGGCUACCGUUUUCUUCGACGAGGUGGUCAAGCAGAUGGUCGCUGCUUUUGAACGCCGGGCGGCAAAGAACUACGGUCCCGAGACCCGCAUUCCCCGAGAGCUCAUGUUCCACGAGAUCCACCAGACGUGAAAGGCUCCCUGCUGCUUUGGUGGCCACGCGGACACUGCGCUGGGGUGUGCACUCAUGGCUUCCUCAGCCCCUCUGUUUUUAUCUAUUUAUUUGGUUUCUCCUGGCAUCCUGUCUUAAUUUAUCCACUGGGCCUGGUGUGAUGAAGAGAGACUUUUUCCUAAGGAAAGGGCCAGGUGGUCAUGUUACCUCCGGAGCAACCUCUUAACUGUCUGUUUUGCCUAGUCAUGCUCUUAUGCUGGGUCAUACAUACAUAUUUUGUUUUGUAGGACUUUCUUUGAAGCCCUUCUCCUCCCUUCCCCCUUAAUCCCCCAGUCUGUGGAUUGUCUCCCAUCCCAUUCUCCACCUAUUUUGUAUGUGCCAGCAUGGCUUGUCUUAGGCUGAGGACAGUGCCGAACCCUGUUUCUCUGGGGAACGGGGCAGUGGAAGCUCAUAGCAUGUGAUCGUGUGCUUUCUUUCUGUGCCUAGUGAAGGGCCCAUUGGAAAUUGUGCCUCCUGAAUCACUUGUUUAAAAAAGGAAAGGAAAGGAAGAAAGCCCUGACCUGGACUGCCCCUUGACAAUAGAGAAUAAGCGUGGAGAGGCUGUACUUUUUGUCUGGCAGUCUCCUUAGCUGUUAGCGGUUGGAUUUGCAAGACUCUGCUGGUUGAACGUUGGUUUGGAGUGCAGUUGCGGAAAUGCAGGCAUGGCGGAGGGGAGCAGGCAAGCAGUGCAGAGUGGCUGGUGUCUGUUACUGAGGGUGCUGGUAGAUAGAGGGUGCUCUACAGUUGCUGCUUUCUUUGAGGCUGUGCAAAACAUCGUACUUGUGCUGAAACAUCAGGCUGGGAUUCUUCUUCCUUGCCCAAACAGUACCAUAAUCUCUGUUCAUCACUAGGCUAUCUAAGGGAGAUUAGCAUCCAGCCAGCUGCCCCGUGUCUUCCUUUCGGUUGAUAGCAGAGUGCAGAGUAGCAAAAGAUGUGUGCCAAAUAAAGGGCCAAGGGGGAGAUAUGGCCCUCUUGGAGCCGGAAUAGUUUUAGAAAUGUUAGAAGACACACUCCAAAUGGGUGCACAUUUGCGGUGGGGGGAAGAGAGAAAGGAGGCA